AUGGACUGGUGCCUCAUCGAGAGCGAUCCCGGGGUCUUCGGCGAGCUGGUCCAUCGAAUCGGCGCGCGUGGCGUCGCAUUCACAGAACUCUACUCGCUAGACGUUGAUGAACUUCGUCGUAACGAACCAAUCUACGGACUCAUAUUUUUGUUCAAGUGGCGCGGCGGUCACAGCUCGAGCGCAGUUGAGGUCGAUGAAAACCCACCGCAAGAUUUGUUCUUCGCGUCGCAAGUGAUUCACAACGCGUGCGCCACGCAAGCGGUGCUUAGCGUGUUGUUGAACGCCGAACAAGAAGUUGAGUUGGGCGAGACGCUCCAAACGCUAAGGGAGUUCACCCUCGACUUCGAUGCUGAAACGAAAGGGAUGAGUAUCUCCAACUCGGACAUCAUUCGCGACGCACAUAACUCGUUCGCGCGUCCAGAACCAAUCGUCUUGCAGUCUAGGCCUGCGCAAGAGGACGACGACGUGUUUCACUUUGUUGCCUACGUACCAAGAGGCGGUUCCGUCUUCGAACUCGAUGGUUUGCAGAGAGGGCCGAUCAAUCACGGAAGCUUUGGCGACGGGCAUUGGUUAGACGUAGCGGUUCCGGCGAUUCAACGGAAGAUCGCGUCAUUCGCGUCGAAUGAGAUCAAGUUUAAUCUCAUGGCUGUUACGAAGGAUCCUAGAAUCGCAAUUUCACAGCGACUCGAGGAACUACGGUCGUCGAGCACUGGCGCCGCGGAUGAGAUCGCGCAUUUGCAGCGCGAAUUAGAAGUCGAAGAGGCUAAAGUGGCUGAAUGGAGGAACGAUAAUAUACGACGUAGGCACAAUUAUAUCCCGUUGGUCUUCGCACUCCUGAAGGAAGUUGCCGCCGCGAAGAAAUUGACAGAAGCGCUGGAACAGGCAAAGAAACGCGCGGAAGCGCAGAAAUAG